AUGUGGUAUAAAUACUUUAGCAAGCAAUCUUGGAACCUCAGAGUCUGGAGAAAGGCCAACUUGAAAUACAACCAAGAUGACUUUGGUAUGACUCAACCCAAGUAUAUUGCUAGAUUCGGUGAUUUCCGUUUCAGAUUAGUCAGAACUGAAGGUGCUCUUAGAGGUUGCAUGUUCUUCGUUGGUUUUGGAUGCUUCUCCAUCAUAAAUUAUCUUUAUGGAAGAUACGGUUAUAUUAUUAAUGAAAGCUCUUAAAAACGUGCUGCUUAAGAUUUACUUGAUAACGACAUGGCUGCUGAUAAAAUUUUAUUCAAAAACAGAGUCGGUGCUCCUACCAGACCUCUUAGAAGCUUAGAUGAUAUGAUGGCUUUCUUAUCUGGUUCUGCCACUUAUGACUAACUUGCUGAUUAUGCUUCCUAUAAUCACGCUAUGGACGUCAACCAAGAUCAAUAAGCUGGUCUUGACUCUUGGAUGAGUGAAAAGGACAAAAACAUGGUUAAAUAUUACCAAAGAUCUCUUGGUAAGAAGGUAGAAGGUAUCUGA